UGAAAUGCCCUUUGACCCGAAUGGUUCUUACCCAGAACACACCGCGGUCCGUUUCAGUGCAAAACAUGGCGGCGAGGGCACCAGUACAGACAGGCAAGUUUCUACUUGGAUUCAGAAAAUGGUACUAUAACUUGUGUGGCUUCAACAAGUAUGGUUUAAUGUCCGAUGACACAAUCGAUGAGAAUUCAGAUGUGAAAGAAGCCCUCAAAAGGCUUCCUGAGAACGUAUACAACGACAGGACCUUCAGGAUCAAGAGAGCCCUGGACCUCGCUAUGAAGCACCAGAUCCUCCCGAAAGACCAGUGGACAAAAUAUGAAGAGGAUUUUCCCUAUCUUUCACCAUAUGUGGAUGAGGUGGUUCGUGAGAGAAAAGAAAGAGAAGAGUGGACAAAGAAAUAAGUGGUUACAGAGGAAAGCUUUGAAUCAUUUUUUCAAGUUGUCCCAUGGUGUAAUAUUUAAAGUGAAAUGUAUCCUAUAUAACACAGUGCUCAUUAAAGAUGAUGGAACAUU